CCCAAAGGGCGUGGCUUCCUGGUGUGCUUCUUUAAGCCUUCCGGGAGCUGGAUGCGGAAGACAAACACGAAACUGCUCUUUCGGAAUUCCUGAAACUUCACUGCAAUCGAGGAUUUUUCUGUUAGGUCAGUAUAUAUAAACCAUGUGGCCAAAUCAAGGUCCUCCUCCUCCAGUCGGCCCACCAAAUCCUGCCUUUCCUCCUGGCUACAAUCCUGCUUAUCCUGCUGCCCCUCCUCCAGGAGCAUUCCCCCAGCCUCCACCUCCAUAUUCUGCUGGCCAGUUCCCAGCUCCUAUGAAUCCAGCCAUGGGACCACACGGUGCACCAGGGGCGAUGCCUUAUGGAGCUCCUGGACUUCACCCUUAUCCUAUGGCUCCAGGUGGAUAUCCAGUUGUUCCUCCUGCAGGUGUUCACCCAGGUCCAUAUCCACACUCCCCAAAAAGCGGCAAACACAAAGGUUGUCAUCCUCAUCAUGGAGGGCUAAAUCCCAUGUCUGGAGCCUUAGCCGGGGGAGUUGCAGGAAUGGGAAUGGGGCUAAUGGGGCACAAAGCAAACAAAAAGAUGCACAAGAAGAUGAAAAAGGCACACAAACAUAAGCACUACAAACAUGGCAAGUCCUCCAGCAGCAGCAGCAGCAGCGACUCAGACUGAGGCGACUGGUUUGAAGCAUGGCUUUCACAAAAAAAGCUGUGUAACAACAGCACAGCGCAACUAUUAACUACUAACAGUUAACUGUCAAUGCAUUAAAGCAGUUCUUAUAGCCUUUUGCAGAUUUUUGCUGAGUCGCAGCAAAUCUCACAUGUUCACUAGAAAUGUAUGACACUAGAAAUGCAUACAGCAGCUCUUUUUUUGUGUGUGUGUUACUGUCAUAACUUUCAUCGGCACUGGGAUUCCACCUCAUGUUGAAUUUUACUUUGGUUUGUGGUUUUUAGGUGAAAUGUUGCAAUUUAUCUACUAUUACUAUUCUCUAAUAUUACAAUUACAAACAUGUAGAUAACUGAAAAAGAGACUGCAGCACUGUGCAGAUGGAUUUUCUUAAUGUAAUUAAGUUAAAAGGGAUAGAAAAUAUAGUUAAUUAAAAGUAUACUGUCUAUAAUUGUUUUUUUAAUUUUAUGAUCACUACUGUGCAUAGCUGCAGAAAAAACCUGUUGCUUGUUAAUAUUGUUCAUUUUAAAGUUAAAUAAAUUGUAUUAAUA